GCAUGUAAUCGUAUGAUCGAGACUGCUCAUGCAAAGACUAAAAUCUCUAAUUCACGAAAUCUUUUCGCAAUUCCUCCAUUUUUAUCUUCUAGCCAGACCAAAUCGUGAUUUGCUGCAUCAUCAAUCAUGGAGCUUACCUUUAGGCAGCCAUUUAAGAGAAGACGGCGAAUAUUGGCAAUUGUAAAAAUGGAGGAGGAGGAGGACCUCGCCUAUGCUCCAUUUGUAAUCUUGGAGGAGGAACUCUGCAAUAGAUAUCCAUUUCUAUGCCAUCAAAAGGCUCCCGCCUAGGCAGAAUUUGGUGGUCGGGUCACGGAGUGGCUACCUUACCCUCGUUAGUUAGCCAUAGUAUAAAAUAACAUAUACUAUGGCACAAUCAUCAGGUUGUGCUUUUGGUUUUUUUAGUUGAGUUUGUUCCUUAAUACAUGAUUAGAAGCAUCCUCUAUUUUUGAAAAUGAACAUAUGAGUAUGCAAGGGAACGAUUAUUAGUUUAAGCGUUUGGUUGAGCAGUUGUUUUGACCUAUAACAGAUACGAUGUUGGACUAUUAAUUAAAGCAAGUAAAGGAUGAUAGAUGACCUUUAUACAAGGACUAUAAUUAGUUAAACAGAACCCACAUUCUUAUCUAAGGCUUCCUUAUAUGUCCUCAAAUUCACACUCAACUAUAAAUAUGUAAGAAGUGCCAAUUUUUAUGAGAAUAAAAAGAUUGUUUAAUAAAAUUUCUAUUUCUUUCUUUUCUUGUAUGUGUUCAUUGGCUUCUAGUAGCUCAAUAACAACAGCAAAUUUCUGCAAUCUGUUUAAAAAAAGAUAUGGGUGAUGUUCAGAGAAAGUUUGUGGAUCUGAGAAAGUUAAUGAAUUUCAAGAAGUUUGAUACAGUUCUUGAUUUCUCUGAUCAUUUUUUUUUAGAUAAGCAAUCUUCUGCGGGACAGCUUUCAAAUUCGUGGAUGAAGAAAAUUCAACUUGAGUGGAAAUUAUUAGAGUCGGCCUUACCUGAAACUAUAUAUGUCAGAGUUUCUGAAUCUAGGAUGGAUCUUUUGAGGGCUGUCAUUAUAGGAACAGCUGGUACACCAUAUCAUGAUGGACUAUUUUUUUUUGAUGUUUGGUUUCCGCCUUCAUAUCCAAAUGAACCACCGAUUGUUUGUUUUCAUUCACAUGGAUUAUGCAAUCUAAAUCCCAAUCUCAUGGGAAGUGGAGGAAUCUGCCUUAGCCUGCUGAACACUACGGACAGUUCACCAAAUGAGAUGUGGUGUCCAAAUAUGUCAACAAUGCUACAAGUUUUGGUCUCUUUCCAAGCUUUAGUCCUUAAUGCAAACCCCUAUUUCAAUGAAGAAGGUGAAGUGGAUCUAUUCACUGACCCGGAGGGCAAGGAAAAUUCCAGGAAAUUUAAUAGAUAUGCUUUCAUUGAAUCCUUGAAAUUGAUGAAUUACGUCAUUAAGAAUCCACCACAGCAUUUUGAGGAUCUGGUUGUGGGACAUUUUCGUGCUCGCGAGUUAGAUAUCACAAUGGCAUGUUUUGCAUAUAGUGAAGGUGCCGAGGUGGGAUGUAAUGUGAAGGAAUGGUUUGAAAAGAGCGAGAACGUAACCAAAUCUGGCUCGGAAAGUUUCAAAAAAGCGAUGAAGAAUAGAAUGAAAUAUAUUAUCAAAUGUCUUGCCUAUAACGGGUCGAGCGACAUUGGAGUGCAAGAAGUUUCACAAUCGAUUACAGACAUUAAGCAAAUGGUUUUUACUUUUUGUGGCACAUCUUUGGAUUAUGAUACUAUUAGCUUUUUGUUAUGUUUAAGAAAAAGAAGGGUAAAGGAGGUUCAGAUGGAAAACAACGAAUCUAAGAGUGAUUCUUCAAUUCCUUCGUUUCUUUAUGAUGAUCUCUGUGGUCCAAAAAGGAUCUUUGAGGCAUAUCACAUGUCCCUUAAAGAUGAUGCUACAUCUACUUAUCAUGAAUCUCUACCUUCUUCUCCAUUUGUUGAAAAGGAACCACCACCAAUAAUUGUUGAAUGUUUGUUUGACUUUCCAUCUAAAUUAGAUCCUUCAAGUUCACCAAAUGUGAAAGAAAAUCAACUCGAUUUGUUCUGUGGUUCUUUUUUUGAUUCUAAACUGGACUCUGGAUCAUAUGCAUUCGAUCCAAAGUACCAAGCCCUUUGUUGCUCAUCUUCACUUCUUGAAGCCAUUGAAAGCUUAGCUUUAGGCGGCCAUUUAAGAGAAGAUGGAGAAAAUGAGCAAUUAGGUAUUCAUUUUGAUGCCAUUAAAAGGCUCCCACCGGCGGGAUUAGGUGGUCGGAUCAAAGUGCUCUGUGUGAGGGAUGUGAUAGAUUAUGUAAGGCAAAUUUACAGUAAUUCGAAAAAAGAAGAGAUGGGUGAUGUUGAAAGAAAAAUUAAUGAUCUGAGAAGAUUAAUGGAUUUUAAGAAGUUUGAUUCAGUUCAAGAUUUUUCUGAUCAUCAUUACUUGCGGCAAUCUUCUGAAGAAAGGCAUUCAAUUUCAUGGUCGGAGAAAAUUCAAGAUGAGUGGAAGUCGUUGGAGUCGGACUUGCCCGAAGGUAUAUAUGUUAGAGUUUCUGAAUCUAGGAUGGAUCUUUUGAGGGCUGUCAUUAUAGGGACAGCUGGUACACCAUAUCAUGAUGGCCUUUUCGUUUUUGAUGCAUUAUUUACAGCUUCAUAUCCAUUCUUCCCACCGAUGGUCCAUUUUCAUGCACAUGGAUUAUGUCUAAAUCCCAAUCUCUAUUCAAGUGGAGAUAUCUGCUUGAGCCUGCUUGACACUUGGCUCGGUUCACCAGAUGAGAGAUGGAUUCCAGAUAAGUCAACAAUGCUUCAAGUUUUGAUCUCUCUCCAAGCUUUAGUCCUUAAUGCAAAGCCCUUAUUCAACGAAGAUUUUCCAACGGAGAUGUUUAAGGGCGUGGAUAGAACGGAAGAUGUCAGGAAGUAUAAUGAAGCUGUUUUCACUGCAUCCUUGAGAAUGAUGCAGUGUAUCAUUAAAAAUCCACCACAGCAUUUUGAGGAUCUGGUUGUUGGACAUUUUCGUGCUCGCGAGUUAGAUAUCAUGAUGGCAUGUUUGGCAUAUAGUGAAGGUGCGGAGGUGGGGUGUAAUGUGAAGGAAUGGUUUGAAAAGGGUGAGAAUGCACCCAAACCUGGCAUGGAAAUAUUCAAAAAAGCGAUGCAGUAUAUAAUGAAAUCUAUUAUCCAAUGUCUUGCCAAUAAUGGGUCUAGCGACAACGGAGUGCAACAAGUUUCACAGCCGACUACGUCCGACAGUGGAGUGCAAGAAGUUCCACAGCUGACUAUUUUCGACGAUGAAGUGCAAGAAGUUUCACAGCCGACUACACCCAACAAUGAACUGCAAGAAGUUUCACAGCCGACUAUGCCCGACAAUGAAGUGCAAGAAGUUUCACAGUCGACUACUGACGUAACUAUAAGAGAUGAUAUCGAGAAUUUAGCAUAAAUCUGAAUGCAACUAUAUGAUACGAGUAGGAAUAACUAUUGUAUACUGCUAGCAUUGAACUAUCUUUCUCAUACAAUGUGUGAAUAUAUCAUGUGAUUUGGUAAGCAAA